AUGUCGUUGAGCCCAAAGCACACUACGCCUUUUUCAGUGACAGAUAUUUUGAGUCCAAUCGAGGAGACCUACAAGAAGUUUAGUGCCAUGGACGGCGCAGGGAACCUAACCUCUCCACUGGGAGCCUACCGACAGCCUCAGGUGCAGACCGGCAUGCAACAACACUCCAUGGGCCAUAACGCCGCCGUGGCCACCUCUUACCACAUGCCGCACACCGUCUCCCAGUUCUCCCACAGCGCAAUGGGGGGAUACUGCAAUGGGAGCAUUGGCAACAUGGGAGACCUCCCGUCGUACCAGGAAAGCAUGCGGAAUAGUGCAGCAGCAACAGGGUGGUACAGCACCAAUCCUGACCCAAGAUACUCCACAAUUUCUAGAUUCAUGGGACCUUCCACAGGUAUGAACAUGACCGGCAUGGGGAGUCUCUCAGGAAUGGCAGACGCCUCCAAAUCCAUGCCAGUUCUCCACGCUGCGCCCAGGAGGAAACGGCGCGUGCUGUUCUCGCAGGCUCAGGUCUACGAGCUGGAGAGGAGGUUUAAGCAGCAGAAAUACCUGUCGGCGCCCGAGAGGGAGCACCUGGCCAGCAUGAUCCACCUGACGCCGACCCAGGUGAAGAUCUGGUUUCAGAACCACCGGUACAAGAUGAAGCGCCAGGCCAAGGACAAGGCGACGCAGCAGCUGCAGCAGCAGCAGCAACAGGACGGGAACCUGUGCCAACAGCAGGCGCAGUCCCCGAGGCGCGUGGCCGUGCCGGUUCUGGUAAAGGACGGUAAACCGUGCCAGAACGGCUCCAACACGCCGACGCCGAAUCAGCAACAGGUGCAACAACAGAGCCAGCAGCAACAGAGCCAACAACAGAACGGGGCCGGAGUGGUGCUCGCGUCCCCGACCAGCAGCCUCGGCCAGCACCAGAGCCAGCAGCAGGUGAACGCUUUGGAGCUGGAGGAGAUGUCGCCCAGCCCCCCCUCACUGCACAGCCAGCUCAACAUGGCCCAGAUAGACACUUCUGCUGUAGAUUACACCAGUAACAUGGUCAGCUCAAACCUCCUCUACGGCAGAACGUGGUAG